AUGACAUACAGCAGAGUGUGGGAGGCUGGCGUCGCACGACUCCGCAGGGAGUGUAGAUUGGUCAACCUUCGAAGCCUGCAUUUUCAUGCUUCGCGAACAGAGAUUAAGGCUCUCUGCAUGGCGAAGCUUAGCAAUACGCGAGGCGUCAUUUUUCACUGGCGGCGAGACGGUGUCAAGCCCGGGAAUAAACAUCUUAGUUGGGUGUUUAUCCAAACGGAAAAUCAGAUCGCACGCGACGCAGCCAUCGGUGAGCUCAAGGAUCUGCUGGUCAGGCACAGGCCUGUCUCGGUUGGUGCAGCCAGCCGUAAUGCACGCGCUCCGCGGGCACUGCGUACGCAGAAUAGGACUGCGUCUGCCGCUGGUUCUUCCAAUACCACCACCGCCGCCAUCACUGCACCCCCCCUUGCGCCUCCUGCGCCCCCAACUAUUACCGCUACCGCCGCCGACGCCGCCAUUACUGCAGCCCCCAUUGCGCUUCUCCCACCCCCAACUACUACUGCUGCUGCGGAUAGCUCUUCUUCCACUACUGCUAUUGUUGCACCCUCCAGCAGUGAGAUUGCCAUCGUCAGAAACGCUGGGGAAACAGACGAGGAACGCCGCCUGGUGCCACUUGCCGUCAGAUCUAAGGACGAUGAGGAAUCGGAAAGCGAAUAA